CCAGAAAAAACAGAAUUAGAAUAAAAAAAUACACAGGGAGAGAGAGAGAGAGAGAGAGAGAGAGAGAGAGAGAGAGAGAGAGAGAGACAUCAAGAUCCAGAUGUUUGAGUGCAAUGCGAGAAGUCCGCUGCCACAAAGACCCUAUUUCCCCGCCACCUACGAAGCCUUCGUUCCAGAGAGAGAGAGAGAGAGAGAGAGAGAGAGAGAGAGGAAGCUGGAUCAAAACAACUCUGGGUUUGUGUUUUUCUAGGUGAGUUGUCUCUUUACGUUACUUAUCACACCAUUCGUUCCGGCGAACCGACAACGCCUUUCCCUCUCCCUUCUCCUUCACUCUUUCUUUCAUCACAUCAACCUCACCUACUCUAUUUCUGUUCAAAAUUGGGUUCAAAACUAAUCUGGGUUUUCCUCAUUUCGAAUAUUGUUUCUGAAUUUGGUUUCUUCUUCUGAAUGUGGGUUAGUUGAGAUUGGGUUCAAAUUCACCUGGGUUUGCAUUUUCUUGACAUUUGGGGGAUUGUUUUAGAAGUGGGUUCUUUUUCUUCUCUUGGUAUUAGCAUCAAGAACCAAUGUAGAGAGAGAAAGAGGCAUGAUUCAGUUUGUGUAGCUUUGAGAGAUUGAAUGACUCUAAAAAACUAUAUUUUGAUGCUCCUUUUUUGCAUUUGAAAGGAAAUUAGACUGUGUAUGUUGGUAUUCAAGAAAUUAAGGUUCCAAUACUUCUGUAUGAGCCCUUUUAGGUAAUUCUUGAGCAGCAAAUGAAUAGCUGGUUUCUGGUUUUGUCCAUUUGAUCUUUACAAGUGCUUUGGAAUUUGUAAGACUGGUAUUCUCUCUGUUUUAUCGAUUGAAACUUAAGGCUCGGUUUGGUUUCAUUAGGUUGUUGAGUACAAGUUCCUUUGAUAUUGGGGUUAUGAGUAUAAUGGGAGAGAGAAAUGCAUCUUCCAUUGGGCAUAAGAAGUCUUUGUUUUAUUUGUUUUCAAUAACAUCCAUCCUGUUUAUAUUAUCUUGGUUGUUUGUGCUGCGUUCAACUGGCCAUCCUUACUUCAUUGACCAUAAUCUGUUACCCAAUCACAAGCUUUUUUCUACAUUUCACGGCGGGAACCUCGCAACCCGAAGUCGAAAUGGUAAUAAUGACCCCUCAAUCGCAGCAAACCCAGUCAUUCUUGAAGAUCAAGUGGCAGCACUGCGGGGAAGUAAUAUGGUGAAAGCAAAUCCAGAUAAUAAAGCUGUCCUUAAGGUUUUUAUGUAUGAUUUACCUCCAGAGUUUCAUUUUGAGCUAUUAGAUUGGAAGCCUGAGGGGAAAGGUGUUUGGCCUGAUAUUCGAACCAAAGUCCCUGAAUACCCUGGAGGAUUAAACUUGCAACACAGCAUAGAGUAUUGGCUCACAUUGGAUCUCCUUGCAUCAGAAUUCGCUGAUCCUUCUAUUGCUCGUAGUGCUAUAAGAGUUCACAACUCAAGUGUAGCUGAUGUUGUGUUUGUCCCUUUCUUUUCUUCCUUAAGCUAUAACCGGUAUUCUAGGCUGAAGCCGCACCAAAAGGGUAGCACCAACAAGUUGCUUCAACAAAAGUUGGUGAAGUUCUUGGUUGCACAAGAGGAAUGGAAGAGGUCAGGGGGCCGGGACCAUAUAGUUUUAGCCCAUCACCCGAACAGCCUCUUAGACGCAAGGAUGAAGCUUUGGCCUGCAACAUUUAUACUUUCCGAUUUUGGAAGGUAUCCCCCAAAUGUAGCUAAUGUUGACAAAGACGUCAUUGCGCCGUACAAGCAUGUCAUCAGAACAUUUGUGAAUGAUUCUUCUGAUUUUGAUAGCCGUCCAACGUUGCUUUACUUUCAAGGAGCCAUAUAUAGGAAAGAUGGUGGAUUCGCACGACAAGAAUUGUUCUACCUUUUAAAAGAUGAAAAAGACGUACAUUUCUCAUUUGGAACUGUCCUAAAAGAUGGGAUCCGUAGAGCCACCCAGGGAAUGCACUCCUCCAAGUUCUGCCUCAACAUAGCCGGAGACACUCCCUCAUCAAACCGCCUCUUUGAUGCCAUUGCUAGCCAUUGUGUCCCUGUUAUUAUCAGCGAUGACAUUGAGCUCCCUUAUGAAGAUGUCCUCGACUACUCAGAGUUCUGUGUAUUUGUCCGUACUUCAGAUGCCGUCAAGGAAAAAUUCCUCAUCAAUCUCAUUCGAAGCAUAGGGAGAGAUGAUUGGACCCGUAUGUGGGCCAGACUGAAAGAGGUUGAAAAUUUGUUUGAGUUUCAAUACCCCUCAAAGGAGGGCGAUGCCGUUCAAAUGAUAUGGCAGGCUGUGGCACGGAAGGUUCCAGCUAUCAGAAUGAAGAUUCACAAAUCUAGGCGAUUUUCUCGUUACAAUCCCCUUAGAAAUAGAAAGCCAAGGUCUCUUCCAAUUCCAAUUAAUUUUUCUAAGUGAGGAUAAUACAGAUUUUCUUUCUUUUGGUAGGUGACAAAAUCAGUUACAUAGCUUGAGGAAGGUGAAGCUGGAGUAGAAUUUCCUGCAGAUUUUGGAACUAGUGUGUAGUGCAUUGUAAAAAGAAAAACAAUGGAGGGGAAAAGGAAGAAAUAAAAUUAUUUUUUAGGAGUUUA